AUGAAUUUAUCGACCGAUCCGAAAACUGGAGAGAGCAAUGCGGUUGCUCUUCUUCUUUGUCGAGGAACAGGAGAAUGUGAUCUCAAUUUCACUGAUCCAAAAGUUGUUGACCAUUGGAGAAACGUUGCAAUUUGUGAUCGUCACGUCAAAGAACUAUUAACAAAGUGGGACGAUUCGUUAUCUUUUCGUGAUUCACACAUAUACCGAUUGCAAAAACAGGGUAAAAAAGAAAAAGCUUGUUCAAUGCCAGAUGAAAUAGGAAUCAAGCAUCUUCAUGCAAGGCCUGGACCCUAUAAUUUAGAAACUCUGAAUAUUGAUGAAUCUGACGUGAUCAACAAACACCUCGGCUAUUUAGUGCAUCCUGGAAUACCUAUUUGUCAAACACACAAGAAGUUUGUGGCUGAUUUGAAAAUCAACAUGACAAAAACUGACCGGAAAAAGAAGCUUGGAGAACUUUCAAGACAGAAAAAAGUUUGCACUGCUCGUAAAAUGAUUGAUGGUAUGCUUGAUGUCAUAUCGGGAGGAGAUUCAGCACUGUUAAAGAAAAAAAUACUCACCAAACUAUAUGAUGAUGAGUCGUGGACAACAGGAUCUUCGAAAAACUUUGACCUGAUUAUGAAGCAAGUGGCAGCUCAGUUCUAUGUUGCACAUGAUCGCAGAAACAAACGAAUUAUUCUAUCAAUUGUAGCAAACGUCGUUCCAUAUUCCACUGUCGAAAAAUACAUACCGUCACUAAAUCGAUAUAUGUAUCAUCGGGCAAGACUGUAUGCACGCCAAUACAAAGAAAACAACUCACCAGCAUCUAAAGAUGUGCGCGAAAAAUACAAUAGAAUUGCAGUUCAAUUUUUCGUGGAUUUUAUAACAAGUCCCACAGUCAUGAUUGGUUUACCGUAUGGGGUCAAAAAAGUGAAAAUGACAAACGGAACAAAACAAGAGAUACCCAACACUAUUAGACAACAAAGCUCGACGGAAAUCUAUGAAAUGUAUAAAAGUCUGUUAAAGAAUACCAAUCAGACUGAGUUGAUGCUCAGUAGGUCUUCUGUUUUCCGAAUUUUGGACGUGUGUGUAGCAACUGACAGGAGAGCAACUACGUGCGUAGACUACUUCACCGCCAAUGGAAUGGAGGUUCUAAUUAUUUGCAAGGUUGCUAAUGCAAUGGAUUCUAUAAUUCAGGGUUUUGAUGGUUUACACGAAAUUCUAGACAAGUGGAUUGAAGAGAAGCUUUUUGAUCAGGAUAGUUUACAACAAUUGAAAACUGGACUUUUCGAGGCAGCACAGUACUUGCGUACUGAUUACCGGCUACAUGUCAAAAAAUGUAGUCGAGUUGCUGAUCAUUGCGCAACUCUAGCUCUCAGUGAUCCAAUGGACAAAUCAAUGGCAUCCUCUUGCUCUACUGGCAACUAUACUCACAAGUACGAUCUCAAAUGUGAGAGAUGUGAACAGGUCAACAACACUUUGAAUGAAAUCGAAAGUCUUGCCACUCAACUUACAUCAUCUGCAUCACUAACAAAUUCGGAGUCAUUGGAAAGAAGGAAAGGUGAAAUGGUUCAGAUCAAAAAGUACAUUGAAGACAUUUUUGAAUUGAAAAAACAUUACCUUCGAGCCGCUUAUACGAACCAAGAACGGGAAGAUAUUCUGAGUAGUCUGAAAGACAACGAGGCACUGAUUACUCUGGAUUUUGCUCAAAAAUAUCUUCCGCGUUGGCACAGAGAAAAGCAGAGUGAUUAUUAUGGGAAAAAAGGAAUAAGCUAUCAUGUGGCACAUACAACCGCCAGAAUUGGUGAUGUUUACACUCAGCACAGUUUCGUUCAUAUCUACAGUAAGGAGGUGCCCCAGGAUAGCAAGUUAGUCGUUAUGACUCUUCUUCAUGUGUUACGACAGUUGAAAAAAGUUGGAAUAAUCCGCGCUUCAAUAAGAUCGGACAACGCGGGAGCUUACCACUGCGCAGCCACAAUCAACUCGUUGCAUUGGUUAAUGGAAAUGUCGGGAGUGUCUAUAUCAACGUACACGUUUAGUGAGGCGCAGAACGGAAAGAGUUCGAGCGAUAGAGAUGCAAGUAGAGUCAAAAGAAAAGCAGAAAACUACGUUGCGAAGGAUGGAAACAUAAUGACGUCGGAGCAUUUUUUCUCAGCUCUCACACAAGGAAGACUAUUGAAUGGUAUGUCAAUAUAUCAUGGCUAUGUUACUGUCAAUGGUAAUGUGACUUCAAAAUGGCCUGGAAUAUCAAAUUUGAACCACUUUACUGUCGAGAAGAAUGGUAUUCGAGGUCGUCGUUAUGGAAGUAUUGGAAGUGGCCAGUUGUUGAAAAAGGAGUCUCUGAAUCCCAUGAACGGCACCUAUCAUUUUGAGGAAGCUGGGUUCACCCCCUCCAAAAUAGAGUCAAAUGCCACGGAAAGAACCAAUGUUAUGUCUUCUCUCCAAACAAAAUUCUGGUAUCACUCGAAAUGCUCUCCUAUUCGGUCCAACAAAACCAAAGUGAAUUCCUCUUCUGAAUGCAUUUUUGAAGAUGACAACACUACUCCUGAAAUUGAAGACUCUGAUAUAGAAACUCCAAGUGAUAUCAUUGGCAAAUUGUAUUCGUGCCCAGAAGUUGGUUGUUCUGCUUCUUUUCUAAGAAUGGGAAACUUGGAAGCUCAUGUUCUCAGAGGAAAACACAAAUUGUCUCCUGUAAAAUUAACGUUGCGCGAUGCUGCUUUCAAUUUUUAUUCUCGCAACAUUGAAGAAGUUGGAAAAACACGGACAUGCCCAAUGGUUGGUGAAGCAUUGGAGGAACUGAAGGAAACUUCCAAUACAACUUUCUCAAAAAUGGGAUGGGCGUUGCCGCGAAAACAAACCAGGAAAGCGUUUGAACCUCAUGUGAAGCAAUUCCUGGUGGAUUGCUUCGAAGAAGGACUGACCGGGAAACGACUUGAUCCAAGAACAGUUGAGAAACGAAUGCGGACACAAAGAAAAGCGGAUGGAACUCUGAUGUUCACUGUUGAAGAAAGAAAAGACUAUAGACAGAUAGCCGGAUUUUUUUCGAGAGAAGCAGAAAAAAGAAGAGUUCCACCACCCAAGCAUCGGCAUCGAAGACACAAAGCAUCAACCAACAAAGAAGAUGAUAUUUUAGAAGAAGAGCAUGAUGAUGCAGGUUGGAUCAGAUUUUUGAAAGAUGAGUCGUUUUGGACGGAAUCGGACGAAUUUUUCUAUGCCAUCCAGGAGAACGAAAAGUCUAUAUUUCAAUGA